ACCAAAACAAUGUUAUUUAUAAUGAAAUAAAUGGCAUUUGCAAGAGACUCAAGGCAGUGCAAUACCCAAAAUGAAGCUCACUACCAUCUUAAUCUUCUUCAUCUUUGCCCUUCCGUUCACAUUUGCUAACCUGCGCGUUGGAUUCUAUACCGCAACAUGUCCAAGAGCAGAGACAAUUGUAGGUGAAGUUGUGCAAAGGCGUUUCAGCCAGGAUAAAUCCAUUGUCGCAGCCCUUCUUCGCAUGCACUUUCACGAUUGCUUUGUUAGAGGUUGUGAUGCCUCAAUACUAAUAGAUCCAACAAGCACUAGAACAUCAGAGAAGAUUGCAGGGCCAAACCAAACUGUUCGUGGAUUUGAGAUCAUUGAUGAAGCAAAAGCAAUCUUAGAACAAGCGUGCCCUUUAACUGUUUCAUGCGCAGAUAUCAUAGCACUUGCCACAAGAGAUGCAGUGGCACUGGCAGGAGGGAUAAGGUACAGCAUCCCCACGGGAAGAAAAGAUGGUCUAUUAGCCGAUCCUUCCUUAGUAAUCCUUCCAGCACCAUCAUUGUCUGUACAAGGUGCUCUUCAGUUUUUCACCGCAAGAGGGUUGACACUAGAGGACAUGGUGACCCUUUUGGGAGGACACACCGUUGGUUUUGCUCACUGUAGUGUGUUUCAAGAGAGGCUUUCAAGUGUUCAAGGAAGAGUUGAUCCUACAAUGGAUCCUGAAUUGGAUGCAAAGCUGGUGCAAAUUUGUGAGUCCAAUAGGCCAUCAUUGAGUGACCCUCGUGUGUUUUUGGAUCAAAACUCUUCUUUUUUAUUUGACAAUCAAUUUUACAACCAAAUGAGGCUUAGGAGAGGGGUACUUCACCUUGAUCAGCAAUUGGCUUUCGACUCAUUGUCAAGGGACAUUGUGGAGGAUUUUGCGGCAAAUGAUGGUACAUUUCAAGAGAGAUUUGCAAAUGCCAUGAUAAAGUUGGGGAGCAUUGGUGUUUUGGAUGGAAACGAAGGUGAUGUAAGAAGGAAUUGCAGGGCUUUUAAUAUUCCUCUGUAGAAUGUGCUAUUGCAAUAUUACAGAGAAAUGCCUAUGCAAAAUCAAUAAUAACAUUUGAACGUUAUAUUUGUUAA